CGACGACCAACGCCAGCACCAGCAGCAACACGAUAAUCAACAACACCAUUUCCUAUCACGACAAUUCUCAACCAACAGCCGUGAUCAAUUAAAGGGCAUUCUUUCCUCACCACUCCCAUUAUUACUCCCACUACCACUAGCAUUAUUCCCACUCUCACAGCAUCAUUCUCUUUUCACACAACCAUGUCUCAUUCACCAAGCCAGAGCCAGAGCCAGAGCUCACCCACAUCAGAUGAACCAAUACCAUACGAUCCCAGCACUCCCAAGACAUAUCCGCAAUUCCUAUUAUUCGGUGACAGCAUCACCCAAGGCGGCAGCCAUGUCUUGCAAGCCACCUUAUCAGACUGGUACCAGCGACGCCUCGACGUCAUCAACCGUGGGUUCUCCGGCUACACAGCACCAGCCGCCUUCGAAACACUAAGACAGUUUUUUCCUGUCGUGCCGCCAACACCCGUGUCGCCACGCAUACAAUUAAUGACAGUCUUCUUCGGCGCCAAUGAUGCAUGUGUACCAGGCACGCCGCAACAUGUGCCUUUGGAAGAAUAUGUUCAGAAUCUCAAGAACAUCAUCGAGUAUCCCCCGCUGAAAAUGCAUGGUACCAAGGUGAUUCUGGUGGUGCCGCCGCCAGUGGAUGAAUGGCAAUUGGGCAAUGGGGAGCGAACGGCUGUUGUUACGGCGCAGUAUGCUGAUGCGUGUCGACAGUUGGGUCAGGAAUUGGGGCUUCCGGUUCUGGAUUUGUGGACGCUGUUCAUGUCCAAGGCGGGCUGGACGCCAGGACAAUCGGGGCCUUUGGUUGGGAGUAAGGAUGCUCCUAAGAACCCCGUGCUGGAUAGUUUGUUGUCCGAUGGUCUUCAUUUCACGGCUCCGGGUUAUCAGUUGGUCGUGGAUGAGUUGAUUCAACUCAUACAGACCCAAUUGCCAGAUUUCACUCCGGACAAAUUGCCGCAGAUAUUUCCAGACUGGAGAUUCAUGAUGCGUUCACGACCAUGAUGGGACAGGUCAACUCCAGGGUAGGAGUUUUCCCAUUGGUUACACGCAACACCAAUAAAAACAAAUACAAACACAGCGAUCAAGGUAAAUGAUUUGUGGGACUAGACGAGAUUCUAGCUACAUAGCCCCAAAGACGACGAUUGUGAUAGACCCAAC